AUGCGUCCUCUAUGUCUCCGAUCACCACGUCUUACACUGCCCUCUCACACCUGUCCCUCAUUCCAAUGGCUCCCCCUCCUCCCACUCCACCAUUCCCGCCCCGCUUCUCACGCCUCACAAGGCCGCGCCAACAAAGCCGCCCAGGGCCCUGGCAAACGACUCGGCGCCAAAAAGGGAGCCUCCGAGCUCGUUGUUCCCGGCAACAUCAUAUUCCGCCAACGCGGCACGCACUGGUUUCCCGGCGAGAAUUGCGACAUGGGUCGGGACCACACGAUAUUUGCAAAGGAGAAGGGGUACGUCUGUUUCUACAAGGAUCCCGAAACGAAUCCGAAGAGGAAGUAUAUUGGGGUUGUGUUUGAGAGGGGGAUGAAGUUGCCGGUGCCGAGGAAUAAGCCAAGGAAUCGGCGUUUGGGGUUGGUGGGAAGGGAGAGGGAGAUGGGAACGCUUGCUUCAAUCACCCCCCCAAGAGUCACUAGCGGAGAAGGAAAUGAGGCACUGGAGGUUGGAGGCAUGACAGAGCAAGGCGGAACAUUAAGGCAGCAGGAUAAAAGGACAAGGGCAAAGAUGCCGGAGUUGAAGCAGAUGGGAAUAAGGCCGGGCUAUCAAUACCGAGAGUCGAAUCGGCAUAUUGGGAGGGUGGCAGAGAGGGCGCAAGUCAAGGUCGGAGAAUUUAAGAAACGUGGUCGAUUUCUGGCAUGGCGAAAGGUGAACGCGAGGAGGACGAAAAGGGCGGAGAAGAAGGCCUCGCGCUCGAGGAGGAAGAAGGGAUCGAAGAAUAAAUCGAAGAAUUGA